AUGAGCGCUGCUGUGCGUAUGCGCUUCUCGCAUCCUGAAAUUGAUCGGCCGUACCGCGUGAACUUGUCGGACCGUUCCCUGGCGGUGUCCAUGGUAUUGCCUUUCACACUGGGCGUUUUCAUCAUGAUGAACGAAUUGACCAAGUCCUGGAGCAGUUUCUCACCCAAUGUAGUCGCGCUUCUCAUAGGCUACCUCGCUCAGAAGUAUAUCGAGCGGCAUCCAUACCACGAGUACUCGAAGGUGCUUGAAGCAUCACUUACUUGA